AUGAUCACAGGCAUGCAGCUCACCACCUUCGCCAACCUGCUGGGCAGGUCACUCUUUUUGCUUGUUCUUCUCUAUCACUGCAUGGCCAUCCACAAUCCCAAGAAGCAGGAAUGA